UGAAGUUUGAGGAGCAUUCUCGCAGUGUAUCGUUUUAUGCGAGAAAUUUUAAGGAUUUGGGAAGGUUGGUCUGAAAUGUAUUUGAUUGAUAAUGUAGUAAACAACUAAAGUUUUGGUGAUUCGCCUCGCUUCAGGAAAUAUUUUAAUGGGACACUAGAUGUGGCAUUGUUACUAUGUACUGCAACGGGGUGGGACGGGUCUCGAUGGACAGCGUGGGAGGAGCGCCUGACGAUGAAAUGCCGGCGACCGACCUUGUGGAUGAAUGGGUUGUGAACAAGGGACAUGUACCCGAAUCGAGAUUUCUAUAUCUCACGGUGGAGUAUGUUGGAGGACAGAGUGGUCUCUAUGAACCUGGCGCACCAUUCUCUCCUCAGCCAUCUACUUCCUUACCAGAAUUUGACAGCCACAUAAAUCCUCUAGACCCUAACAUGAGCUCAGCAGCACAGUAUUCACCACCAUAUACGGGACAGGUGGGAGAGCCUCCACCAGCAUCGGGCUUGGUGAAUGGUGAAGUUGAGACAGUUCUGUACCAGUCAGUAGCCUCAUCUCUGCCCACAACUAUGCCACAGAUUGUGCAUGUCUCUCAGUCCGAGCCUUCAUCACCCAAUAAUUGUGGUGGACCCCUGUCUGCUCCACAGCAGGUUACUUGUGUAGAACAGCAAAGUCACAAUGUCGGCGUUCAGUUAUUGGUUUCUCAGUUACAUACAAAUGGGGAAACACUAACUUUGGAUGAUCAGCAGUUUGGAUCAGUGUUGCAAGUGUUGAAAAAUGAAGGAUUAUCUGUAAAGACUGAAUUUCAGCAGGAAGCAAUGAAAACAGAGUUUGAAGACACUCAAUCAUUGGAGGCAUUGGAAAAAAACAAAUUUUCAGAAUCAUUAGAAGGAAAUAACUCUACACCGACAUUAGCAAACGAAUGUUUUGUUGAAGCACUCAACAAUGAAAAUUUUGUAGAGUCUGUGGAUGUUAAGAUGGAGUUUGUGAAAGAGUCCCUUGGAGAUACAGAAUUUAGUGAACUUCAGGAGCAGGGAGAUUUCACUGAUGCAGUGCUUUUGGAGGAGAUUGUGGCAGAAGCUGAAAAGGAAGGUGGAACAUGUUCUGCUCCAGUUGUCACUUUGUGUGAGAAUCAGGAGAAGUGUGUUGAUGCUGGAGUACAAACUGCGUCUCCUCCAUUGCUGCAGCAGCAACUGCAACGAGACAAUGAACAGCAGUCGACUUUGCCUCGGAAUGGAAAGUCUGAUGUAAAGUUGGGCAGUGAUGCUGCUGCUAAUGUGCCAGAUGAUUUGUGGGAAUGGGAAUGUUUCUGUUGUGCACAGAUCUUCAAAAGUUCAUCAUAUUUGCAGAGACAUCUCAACAACAGCAGUUGUUUUAAGUUUGAUGGUGAACAUUAUGGAAUGCAGCUAAAUAAUCGAUCAGCAUUCCGUCCAGGCAGAUGGCCUCCACAGCAGGAUGCUAUUGUUCCGAAGCAUAUCAGGAGAGUGAGAGCAUGGCAUAUUGCCAGACAGUAUCCUUGUCACAGAUGUGGUUUACUGUUCACCAAAUCCUCCAGUCUGAAUAGACACUUGUUAAUGCUACAUGUUCCUGCAUACAGACGAGCAUGCCGCCACCGUCGUGUGAAGCGUCUCCAGCGACGUAGAGUAGCAUCGCGCAAAUCUAGACCGAAAAGACGUUCUCGUAGCAUUUUGUGCAACAAUACAACAAAACAGUGUGAUUACUGUGGCUUACGGUUUGGCCUUGCAUCUCUUUUGGAGCUUCAUUCCCUGCUGCAUCAUCACGUUCCUGGGAGCAAGAAUACUGUUUCGGAUACUGCCAGUGUGGAGGCUCGCUGUCCUCAAUGUGCCCAGACGUUUGCCAAUCGCGCUCGUCUUGUGGAGCAUGUAACGACACAUGCAGUUGUGAUGGCAGCUGACUCCAGAAUUAUCAAUCCUGCCAAGCCAUUCAAAUGUGAAACAUGCUACAAAUGUUUUGCUUCAAAUGAGAGACUUGAGAGACAUAUGAUGGUUCAUGGUGCAGAAGAACUGAAACCAUUGCAGUGUGACGUGUGCUUCAAACGAUUCCUUAAUAACUCUGCUCUUACAUGUCACCUGAAGAUACAUACAGGAAAAAAAGCAUUUGAAUGUCCAAUAUGCAAGGAAACAUUUGAGCACGUAUUGGCAUUGAAGGAUCAUGUACAGAUUCAUUCAACUGAUGGCCUCUUUACCUGCCCGCACUGUAGUAAGGUUUUUGAUGGUUAUUGCUUGAUCAGAAAACACAUCCGUGCAUUUCACAAUGACCGCAAACAUGUAUGCAUUUGCUGUGGCAAGCCAUUCCCUACCCAGGAUAAAUUGCGCAUGCAUAUGCUCAAGCACUCAGAUCAUCGAGAGUUUUUGUGUGCCAACUGCGGAAAGCAGUUCAAACGUAAGGACAAGUUGAAAGAACACAUGAAACGUAUGCAUUCAGCAGAACGUGAACGACAUUGUGAAAAUGAACAGGAGGAUAAAACUGCCAAUCUAAACAAUAUUAAGGAAAAGUCACUGAUUAUGGAAUUAUCAGAAAAAGUUGCUGUUGAUGCUUCGCUGCCAGGCCGGAAGAAUGAUGGGAGGUCACCAUCACAGUCCACCUUCAACUGUUUCAUUUACAAAUGUCACACCUGCUUAGUAGGAUUCAAACGUCGUGGCAUGCUGGUGAACCAUUUGGCUAAGCGCCAUCCAGAGAUUCCUCCCGACACCGUACCUGAACUCAAUCUACCAAUAUUACGAGCGACACGAGACUACUACUGCCAGUAUUGUGAGAAGGUAUACAAGAGCAGCUCAAAGCGUAAAGCACAUAUAUUGAAAAUACACCCAGGUGCAGAACUGCCACUAAGUAACCGUCGGAAGGGUGGAAUUCCUGAGAUACCUGGCCUACCUGAUCCAACUUUCUCUCAGACAGUGGGUAGUGUCACAACCCACCCUCAUGGCUGUCAGUGGUGUCAUAAACAAUACGCUUCAAAGGCGAAAUUGCUACAGCAUCAGCGGAAGAAGCAUAUCGAGCUGCUGCCACCAGGACAGCAGCUGCCACGUGGUCAACGAACCAGCUCAUCAUCAUCUGGAAAUCCUCCUAGUCCUGCUCAAUCAGGAUCAGGCAGUAGCCGCAGCCCACAACACUCAACAGCUGACAACUACUCACAGUCAGCAUUGACCAAGAAAGACCAUUCUGUCCAAGACCACGAUGACACUGUUGAUGCAGACAAUGGACACACCAGUAAUGAUGAUCUUUUGGUUGAUAAUGUUAUCAAUAUAGUUCCUGGUGAUUAUGAGAUAGCAGCUACUGCAGAAGAUCUGCAGCAAUUACAAGAGUCUGGAAUUAUAAUUGAUGCCUCAGCUCUCAGAGAUAGGGCAUUCAAGGAACUGCGACUAACAGUUCCAGGAGGACAUUUCUUGCGUGUUGCUGCAUCACCGUGGCAGCAACAGGCAAUUGACUCGGAACUGGUUCCGUUUGCAGCAGCGGAGCCUCCACGUUGAGCAAUGCAAGAUCUCCUGCUGUGGAUUUUUUUGGAUGCCAGGAUGAACCCUGGUUUGGAGUUGCUGCCAGCUGUGGUUGGUGGCAUCUAUUUUUGGUUUGUGCUGGCACUGCCCCGGUCUUUGUGCCUGGGUUUUUGUCUGGGGGCCUGGGGGUACGGCCGGGAGGCGCCCCCUCCUCACCCACUCUGCAUGUGUAGAGAUUGGGUGGGCUGUUCUCCUUUGGCAGAUGAAUCUGUCAGUUGGAGACAGCUCUUGUUGUCUUCACCGACACUUUAGCUUUAUUGUUCACCUUCUGUUUUGGAUGCAAUUGUUAUUGCUGUUUAGAGGAGUGCAAGUCCACUAAAAUUUUAAUACUAGUAUCUAGAAAAGGUAUUUGCAGGAAUCAGGGCUGCAAUUGUCAUGCUACAGGGAGCACUAAAAGUGCAAUGUGAAAUUUUUUACAUGUGUAGGUUGAAGCAUUGCUUCCACUAUUGGUGAUUGUGGUAGCCAUUGUUACAGUUGGUAAUUGCUUGUGGAGGUUUCAGGCACUCCUGUUGGAAUUUUAUUAAUCUUGUGUGGUCUUUAUUUAUUUGCUUUGUGAGGGAAAAAAAGGAUUUGCUCUUCUUACAUGCAUUUGAUUCCUAAAGUUAGUAGCUUUUCCCUUCUAGUUGUAACUGGAUAAAUGUUAUGUGUGAACUGAUACAUUCAUUUUAGGUACCACAUUGUUUACAAUAUCUGUUAAAACUGGUGCUUUUAAAAGAUACUCUCAUUAAUUACUUUGCCAUAAUAGACGGUGUAGUAAACAUCAUAAAAAAUAGUUAAGUUUUGUCUUGUACUAUUUAUCCAUCUAAUUUCGUGUUAAAUCGAGAUCUUGCUGUCUCUAGCUUGUAGCAAUAUUUGUACUAACUUGUAUUUGCAUCUUACAAUUGAUGCACACAAGAAAGCUGUAAUUUUUUCAAAUUUUUUCACCUUCUGUGGAUGUUGUUAUACUGUUGUUUAAAUAGUUUUGCAGCUCAAAUUUUGUGUAGUGCUCAUUGUUGUUUCGAUAGAAUCAUUUGUAAAUAGGCAAUCAAAUGAUGACAGUGUGUCAACAAAAAUAACAAACUUGAAAAGAUAGUUGUUAAAUAUGAGGUGUUGUUUAAUUACAAUAUAUAUAUAUAUAUAUAUGUCUAUAUAUGAAUGUUUAAAAUAUUCUGUUGCAUUAUUUUCAUUGUUGAAUAAUACAGUUAUGAAGUUGAUGUCAUAGAAGUGUUUACUAAUUUUCAUUCUGCCAACAUGAAAUAAGAUGCUUCUGUUUGCAAUUGGAUGAGGUAUCAGAGAAGUGUUUUAUAUAGAUGUUACAACUAAUGUGCUUUUGACCAUUGUAAAUUGAGAUAUUUGUGUUUGAAUUUUGAUGAGAUGUCAAAACAGUGUCUGAUGAGUGUCCAUUAGUAUCUCGUUUUAGGAUUAGAUUUUAAAAAAAUUGAGAUAGAAGACUAGCAGUUUUAUUAUUAUUGUUGUUGUUAUUAUUUCACAAUUAAAUAACUCUUAUAUUUGAUCAUACGUAUGUUUUGAAUACAAUUCAUACACUUUGUUUAUACUUGACUAAUUAGUAGUACAUGUGUAUAAGAUCAUACUUUUGGAAACUAUAGAUGAAGAUUACUACAAAGAAGGAUUGUAUCAUUUAAUAAGUGAGAAAUUUGACAAUAACAUGUCAGAGCAUAAAUGUUAUACAUUUAUUGCACAGAUAAUUUACUGUGAUCGUGUAAAAUAAAACUAUUUUGAUGGAUGUACAUCUGUUAGGGUUUAAAGAGAAAUAUAUGUGGUUAAUUAGCAGUGGGUUGUUUUCAUAUAAAAUUGUGUAGUCUAUUCUGGUGACAAUUUAUAGAACUUCAUUUUUCGCCUAUCAGGCUGCAGUUUAAUCCAAAACUAUUUAAAAAUCAAAUAUGCUUCUUUUCUUAGCUGCCCUAGGAACUGCAAGAAAUUUUUCAUCCAUAUACUUGUUGUACUUCAGUGUGAAGUUUGUAUGAGUGUAUGAUUGUGAAUACAAAAUUUUAUGUACUCCAUCAGCACUUUUUUCUUGGAGAGCUUUUCCUGACUUUGUUGUUUAAUUAUUGAUCAAUAAACAGCAUUUGGUUACUAA